UUCGUGAAGAACGAACGGCGCAGCAACUGCGUCAUGGCGGAUGUUCGCGCUGACCUCGGUAAAAUAGCAGAACGCGUACGGUUUUCGGCAUCGACUCCCACGACCCGUUUCUUCGUGCCGGCGGCCCGCAAGAUAAGUGCGCUUCAUUAAUUGGCGCAACGAGCGGCGAGCGCGACAGUUUUACAAACGAUAUAGGUGUCAUACGAGUCAGGCGCCCGUCGGAUCGCCAAGAUGGCGGACGCGGACCUACAACAACAAAACCUCAUGGUAGUUGGCGCGAGCGCGGGCGAAGGCGAUGGCUCCGUGGUCGCCGACGGCAAACUGGACGGCGACGCGGUCCCGACGGUGACGGCCGACGUUUCGACGGCUGACAUCCUGCAGCAGGCGUUCCAGGAGGCGUCGGCGGGAGGCGAGUACGACGAUCAGGUGUCGUACGCGCCAGACGACGACGGCGGCGUCGCCGACGCCGUGCUGCAGCAGCCACACGGCGACGAAGAGGAGCUGCCGGACGGCAUCCUGCGCCAGGAGGUCGGCGAAGACGCCCAGAUCUCGGACAAGGCGGCGCUCGCCGGCGACGGCGAGGCCGUCGCCGAGGCCCACGAUCCCGCCACUGUCAACAGCUCGGCGGGAGGCGACGUGUCUCCCGACGCCGUGCUCGCCGCGCAGGAUUUGGCGGCAGACGCCGUCCAAGACGCGGGAGGUGCCGCGCCCGUCGAAGCCGCCGAGAACGGAGAGCUGCCCGAGAACGGCGGCGGUGGCGAGCAAGUCGCCGCGAGCGAGGCCGAGGAAACGGCGCCGAUGCCGGUUGACGCCGAGCCGUCACCCGCUCCGCAGCAGCAGGACGAGGAGAUGGUGGUCGCAGCGGACGAGCAGUCACACGCCGCCGUCGAGGACGAGAACGACGCUUCGGGCGCGCCCAGCGUCGCCGACGACGAAGAGAGCACCGAUGCCCCCGUCACCAUCCAGCCUGCCGCCUCGGCCACCUCGCAGAAGCAGAGUUCUGCGCCGCUGGGGUCGUCGGAGAACCCGAUACAGAUCAUCCAGCAGGGCAACACGUACCACUCGACCCAGGUGCUGUCCCCGGAGCAGCUCCAGCAGAUCGCCCACGUGUUGCAGCAACAGCAGGUGAAUCGAGCCAUCCAGAAUGGCGGCUCGGCUGUGGUGUUCAACCCGCAGACCAACACGCGCAUCAUCUACCGGGUCAUCUACCCAUCGGAGCUGAGCUCCAAGCAGGCGGCUUCGAGGCCUACAUCGACCAGGGGUCGGGGCUCAUACUCGGGUCGGGGAAGGGGUCGGCCGCGUGGCCGGGGCCUCGCCAGGCGGGUCGUGGAAGAAGACGACCCGCGUAGCGAUGGGCCCGAGCUCUCACGCGAGGAGAAGGAAGAGAAGAAGAAGCAUCGGCCGCGCACACGCUCGGGCAGAAUCUCCAAGCCGCCCUCAUACAUGGUGAAGGACUACAAGCGCAUCCACCAUCUGGAUUUCGACGAUGAGCCGUACGACGACUCAGACGGUGGCUACUCUGACUACCAGGUCAGCGACGAUGAGGAUCGCAGCCGGCGUUCCUUCACCGGUUAUGGCGGGAGGCCGCGAAACUUCAAAUGUCCAACCUGUUCCAAGUCCUACAUCGGCCGUGGUGGGCUCUGCAGGCAUCUCAGGCUGUACCCGGACCAUGGAAACCCUUCAGAUGUUGAUGAAAUGGUCGCCCAAGCAGGUGAGAGCACCACUACCACAGACACACCUCCGACAAGCGGCACCAACAACCCGGCCAUGUACAUGGCGGCACCCCAGCGGGGUCGGUACGCCGACCUGGCCUCCAUGCGGCGGAAAGCUCGGCUUAGAGAGGUGACUAAAGCUUGCCGAGAGGAGGAGCUGAUGGAAGUGGUCCUGCCGCGGCUUGCGGACUCUGUCACUCUCUGGGAGUUUCUGCUCACAAAGUGCGAAAAGGGAGAUCCACCUCAGUUGCAGAUUCCAGAAAUGCUGAUCCAGCUGGAAGAGGUGCUGCGGGAGAUGCGGGCACUGAGCCAGGAGAGCCUGGUGCCCGUCGAGCCUGGCGAGGAAGCUGCUCACGCAGGAAGCCAGCUUAUGAAGAUUGAGGACGAGAGCGUGGCCCAGGCGAUCGGCAUCACUACCGGCCUGUACGCCAUCCGCGAGGAGGAGGUCGUCACGAAGGUGGUGCCCGUCGCCCGCAAGCGGCCGCGCGCCGAGAGCGAGAGCAGCGUGAGCCAGCCGGCUAGCACCACAGACACCGCGGCCACCGGUGCGGGCGGUGCCGUGGAGUUUGUCACGCCCGAGGAGAUGGUGGCCGCGCUGCAUGGCGAGCCGCUGCCGCCCAACAAGAGGAUACGACUGGAUGACGAAGACGCCUUCGUUGUGCUCACGGGCAGCGGUGUGGAGAGCGAGGCGGCCAAGGUGGACGGCAUCAUCGAGGCGACACUGAACAGUGACAGCCUGUCAGAAAACAUGCUCGAAAACCUCGAGUUUGCCGGACUGCCCGUGCCGGACGAGGCCGUGACAAACGGUAACGACGAGGAUGCCCAGUCUGCGGCUCCCGUGACUGUCACGGCGGUCACCGCCCCAGCGACACCCGUGACGACCGCAAUCAGGGCGACGAUGGGCGGCCACACGGAGACCUUUCAGUUCGUCCAGCAGGCCGGCAAGUCACAGCUGCACAAGGUGCAGAUCUUACCUGGCCAGUCGCUGCUAAACCGCAACUUCGUCCGAGUGGUGACCUCAUCUGAGAGCUCCCCGCCGCCACCAGCAGCAGAGGUUUCACCGGCUGUAGCAACGCCGGUCACUAUCACCAAACUUGAGUCGGUGACUCCCCCCGAAGCUACAGAAGCAGCCGACGCCAUUCUUCCAGCCGAGCCAGAAGAGGAACCGCAAGCCAUAGCAAUAAGCCAAAAGCAGGCAGACGUGCAGGUCGUCGAGAGCCACGGCAACGAUGACUCUCAGAACGAGAUCACCCAGGUGGUCUGUGCGGAAGACGGGGAGGCUGUCAACGGCACCACUAUGGCAACGCAGCCCGUGAUACGGCAGUACAUGCUCCCCGACGGCCAGAUCGUGAGUGCCUACGAAGACGCCGAGGGCAGCCUGGUGCAGCUGGAGACGCCAGAGGAAGAGCAGACGACAGCGCUGGGCAACGUGGUCAUCGUGCAGAACCCCGACGGGACCACCACACUCCAAGUGCCCAGUGAUGGCAGCAUCCCCAUCGAAACUGUACAGGCACUGCUGGCCAUGGACCAGUCGGCCAUGGUGGUGCACACACAAGACGAAGGCAUUGGGACGGCUUGAGUUGGCUUGGCUUUGGAUUGAGGCUUUAGGUGCCAAGCAGGUGCGAAACGGAACUUGCCCAAAACCAGAUCUGUGCCCCCAGGAAGUGCGAGCAGGCCACUAUUUCGAAGUGGUACCAGCCAAUGGCAGGCUUGCAGUCCGGGGAAACGAGGUGUUUUCGGCGCAAACUGGUCAUCACGCCGCAUUGCCAUGGUUACGAUGUCGUGCAAUGAACUGCACGUACGACACUGGCGUUAUGUUGGUGCAUUGAACAUUCGAGUGCACAGUGGCGACCAUGUGUCAGGGUGAUGCACAUCUUGUUAUAUAUAUGUAUUUUUUUUUUCUUCUUUCUUUCUUUCUUUUUUUUUUUUUUUUUUUUUAGUGCUUCCCGAUGAAAGCAGUGGCUAUUGUUACUGUUGGCCAAAACAUUUGUUGCUGAGAAGAAAAGUUAUUUUUUGGUAAACAUAAUUUCCGAGUUAAUUUUAAAGUGACUCUUUUUCUUGUGCAUGUUUAUAUACACACUUGUCGGUUCUUGUUUCGUUGAGUGUAAAUGGCUGGUAAGUGAUACCGGCCACAAGGACUAAAAAUUAAUUUAAUUUCUGUUGCCAAGACGAGUGUAGCUUUACAUAAGGAAAUGAGAGAUACAAGCCAGGCUCGCUUUCUUUUUCUGUCUCUUUAUUGCACCUUUACAAAGACAGCGAAUGCACGCCUGUACAAAGGUCUCGUCAGCUUUGCGUGUUUUUUUUUUUUUUUUUUUUUCUGUAAAAGUGUUGGCCAGGUACAGCCGUGAAGAAACAAAAGGGUUUGCCCCCCAGUCUUCUUGUGGCUUGUGGAUUGAUUUCUCUCCAACUGUCGCGCGUCUCCAUAUUCACAUGUACAGUCCACUCAUUAAUCAGCAUGGUUUACUACAAUGACAGUGCAGACCGAGCAAAUUCAUAGCCGGUUCACUGAGCCUGUCGAAGCACACACGUCGACUGCCUCCUUAUAUUCAUUCUCCGUUUUUUUUCUCUCUCUCUCUCGUGGAAAUAAUUUGCAGAAGUUCGAUGUAUAUAAUAACCAGUUCAGUACUACCGCAGUGCUUCAAACUGCUGCAGCGAAGGUACGACAAGGUCGUUGGAAUGCGGGGAGUGCAAAGUCGCAGAAGCAGUAGUUCUACGACAACACGAUUUUUUCUCUACCCUGGCAAGUACAAUUUGAGUGUCUAGUGCGUUGCGAAGCAAAAAAAAAAAAGCGCGAAUGGCAUGGACAGGACGUUGUAAAAGCUUGCACGUUUCGAGUUUGGCGGCGUUACGCACAUGCGCAAGUUGCAUAAGUGGACAAAGUCGCCAAGACGCGCGCAGCAGACGGCUCGAUCAGCGCGAUUAGCUUGUACAUAAGCCCAGUGCUUGAACGCUUCUCAUUUAUUCCCGUCUACACGUAUUGCCUGCUCUUGCCCGACAAAUGGGCAGGCCCUGCUCGGCUCUUACAUUACACUGUGUCGUUUGUGCUUUGCCACGGAGCGCAUGUUUAAGUUGGGGCCCCUUUCAUUGUCAGGCUUAAAGUGAAUACUGGCCAGCGGUCUGUGCAUUUGCCAUUGUCUUUUUGAUCACAAGGCACUGUGGGGGCUGCACUAUUGGUCUUGUAGAUACCAGCGAAAAAUGUAAGCCAAAUCACCUUCUUAGCUCUGUGGUUUUGUCUCUGAAAGUGAUGUUUUUUGGAUAGAAUGAAUAAAAUGUUCUUUGGACCAGAUAACAUGA